AUGGAAUGUUCGAUUCCAGAGGCAGCAGAAUGCGAUCUCUCCGUUCCAAUUCCAAGGGGAGGACCCAUUUACGUACCUAACAUGGCCGGCCCCCCCACUAGGGUUCCUCACUUUCAGACUUCCCUUCUUUCCGAACUUCAGAAUCUCGAGGCCGAAUUGUCUGAAGAUUUCUCUCACCUGGAUAUCUCGUACACACUGGUGGAUGACCUUAAGAUAUUUACAGAGGACCAGUUGAUGGAUAUGGCUCUCAAAGAAGUAUUUCAGGGUAGGGAGAAUGAUGAAAAUCUUCCGACACAUCUGGACCAACCCAAUGCAAGGUGUGGUGAGAAGAAAUCAAAAAGAAAGAGAAGUGGAGCAAAUAAUUCUGUUCUUGCCAGUGAUUGUAUAGCAAAGGUGGAGAAAGUGGUGAGAAUCAAACAGAAGCAGGAAGAAGACAAAGCAGCAGUCAAGCUUCAUUCAUUUAAUCCUGCUUGCAGGAUCAAUGAAGCUGCACUUAAGCCAACUAAAACAGAAAGGAUGAGGACCCUUAGGUCUACAAGCUCUACCACAAAGGUGAACACAGUCAGCUUUCAGGAAUACAUACCUGUGCAGUAUCCAGAAGUUAUUCUGUCUGUUGAGGUUUACCAUAAUGUUCGGAAGGGUACCAAGAUCCAAGAGUUGUUAGUUCUUGGAGGGCAGAUGUUAACUGCUCUUAGGGACAAGAUCUUUUGCUCAACAGACCAGGUGAUGCAUAAGGCUGGGCAGCAUGAUCCUUCUGGUUAUUUUCUCAUCGAAGAUGUAUUCUGCCCUGAUUUGAGGGAUCCAUCUGCUAUUGAUCUCACAAGACCUAUACUGGAUUGGCUCCAAAACUCCAAGGAGGAAGCACAAAAGAAAUGGGAAUAUAUUAUAACUGGGGAAUUGCAGAAGAAACAAAAGGCAAUCAUGGGUGAACAAUCUGCAUCUCAGUUACCUCAUUUUAGAUCCAUUGAGAUGCAAAAGAUACGUUUUUGUGACUUAAGCUUUCGACUUGGUGCUGGAUAUCUCUAUUGUCAUCAGGGUAACUGCACCCAUACUUUAGUGAUACGAGAUAUGAGGUUAAUUCAUCUCGAUGACGUGCACAAUCGAGCUCUUUAUCCAAUAAUCACGUUUCAACUGAAGUUGCGUUUUCAGAAGUGUACUGUUUGCAAAAUAUUCAGAGCUACAAAGAUCACUGUGGAUGACAAAUGGACACCAGAAAACCCUUGUUACUUUUGUGAUGACUGUUUUUCCCUACUUCACCAAGCAGAGGAUGGCACUCCAUUAUAUACUGACUUCGUAGAGUACGAUUACAACCAUGACUGA